AAUUCUUUCCACUUUAACGCUUUUCCAAAUCGAAUUUUCAGCAGUUGGAUCUUGCAUGCCUUCGUUAGAAGAGCUUAUUAUUGGAAAUCUCUUUAAUUCUUCUAAGACUGUAUUCAGAUCACUUAUCGUCUUUCUGUCUCUUACUGCAAGGCACGUCUUUUCCAAAGAAGUUCAAAAAAUAAAAUUAGAACCUGCAGUAAGUUGGCCUUCAGGCUAGGAUUUGUCUUCAGUACUUGCAAGUUAGAAAGCAACCCUUAAAGGACUGGAAUUAAUAACUUAAAGCAGUUUCCUACUUCUUGUAAUGGUAAUUGCUUUGCUAAUUUUUCACUUUGUCUUUCCUUCUCAGGAGUGUUCUGGUUUCCUCAUGUAAUAGCAGAGCUUCUAGUUUAUCUUGCAUUAAGUUUGGACCCAGAUCACAAGUCUGUGGCCUACGAAAGUGGUUUUGCAUGCAGUGAUUAUUUCAAGCAUCAGUUCUGGCCAGACUAGAAUUACCCCGAGGAAUACAAAGGAGAGAACAUUUCCCGCUGCGCCGUGGUACGUCUUGCCACCCCCACUCAUGCCAUCCUCUCAAGCGAUGCCAGCCUCCUGCUACAAGGCUCCUCCAACGCAAGGUUAAUUCUGCUGAUGGUAAAUUUGAAUAUGUGCGACACAGAAGCCAAAUGAGAGAACAAAGGAGCUGCUUUCAAGAUCUGUGUUUCCGGAGAAGGAGACUUCACCAUCACAGGAUAUUAGGCUCCUUGCCUGGAUCGAGAGGUGCUGAUCCAACAGCAGCCCCCUGGUUUCUGCCAACUGCUUUGGACUUGCUUGGCCAAACCAAGAAGGCCCUAGCAUUCACGUGCAGGAGGAAGUGAUCGUGCCGAAGGUAUGAGGGCAUCGCAGGAAGAACAUUUGUAAGACCUCCAUCAACUCUGGUUUUCAGAGUUUCUCCUCCAAAAUCAGUGAUGCUGUUGAUAUCCACAAGAAGACAGUGAACUGAGCUGAGGGGAUAGGGAAAGACUGAGCAUGAAUUUCGCAUCCAGAAGGCAGCGAAGAGCCUACACACAUCCAAGCUCUCUUGCAGCGAUGGAAUUCCCCAUGUUUGAGGCUGAAAGCCCAGAAUUCUUUUGAACAAGAGUGACUGUUUUUCAGAAAGCCUCCUGGAGGGCACAGGCUGUAUAUCGAGCUUCAUAGUGGGACCUCUGCCAAUAACUGGUCAGUGAGGGGCUAAGUCAGGAGCAAAGCAUCCUCCCUGCUGGCAAAACCUCCCAGGACUGCAUUCGGGAAUUGUGCUGUUUUGCCAAAGGAAAGUGGAGUCACUGGGAGGCCAAAAUGGGCAAAGCCCUCCCAGGUUUUGCUGGGAAUUGGUUGAAUUAAGCCCACAAAUAUUUUAUAACCUCAAAGGUUACACAUUGUGGAGGGUUGCUGCGUGGUUCCACGGCAGUUCUUGUGCAAAGCCUGUGAGAUUCACCUGAACUUGAGUGAUGAGCAGACAACACUGUGAGUUAUCGGUGCUGAUAACCCUGACACCUUGAACAGCAUAUUGAUUUCUGUGUUCUGCCCGUCCAGAAUUCAGAGGAAAAGCCACACAAGCCUGCAUGGAUGAGUGGAUACACAAUCCUCAACAGAGGUCCUCCCUUGGUCAGUCUCUUUCUGUCUCGUUCUGUGUCUCAAAAAAGGAACGUGAAGAUAAAUGGUAGACAUAAAGAUGUAACUUUUAAAGAUGAGUGUGUCACCCUUUAUUUCAAAUAAUUUUGAAAUAUGUGGGGAAAAUAAAAAUACACAGCCUUUAAAUUUCUGAUGUACACAGAAGGCCAAGUGUACAAGUACACAGUAUAUUUGUUAAUUAGCUUAAAUAAAAAACAAACAAACAAAAAAACCAACAAGCCAACAAAACACUACCUGGAAAAAGGCCAACACUCAUAGUUUUCAUGAGACAUGAUGCAAAUCCUUCAGAAAUCACUGUCUGUCCCAUGAAUAGACAGAACUUUCAAGAGAGAAAAUAAGCGAGAGGGGUCAGUUUGCAAUUUGUCUCUCAUUUUGCUUCAUGAGGUUUUUCAGUACAAGUGAAGACAGGAGAACAGAAUCUCAGCAGAAGUCAGUGAAACAAACUGGAUUACACAAACUAAAAGUCCAGCCCUUGUUUUUCUAGUCCAUAGAAGAAGAGGAAUCUGUCAAAGCUGGUUGAUAUGCCAUCUGGAAUGUAUUUCCUGUAUCUGUCUGUAAUCUUGGGAUGAUUUUUGCUAGCACAUUUUCAGAAUCAGAGGAAAAUUGUCAACCAAUAUUUUCACUUUUACCUGGUUUCUCUGCAAGUAGGAACUUCUAAACCAUACUUAAAAACAAAAUUCUAAAAGUUUAUUUUUAUAGCUUUAUUUUUGGUCCAUAAUGUCAAAGAAACAAGCAGAAAAUCAGAGAUUUUUUUUUAAAUGGAAAAUUGCUGAUAUUUUUAGAUCAGUGGCAAGACUUUGGCUGUUUCUCUUGACCUCCCUGUGAUCUGAUGUGGCUUUGGAUCUCCUGCUUUUCCCAUAUGCUAUUAGUUUCACUGACAGAAAAGGUGUGCAGGACAUGUCUGGUGAUGAGGUCUGUGGAGUCCAUUGUAAUACCUCUCCAGUAUUCCUCCUCCAUCAUCUAACCUGAUGGGUCUUGAUUUGAAGCUGGAGUCCUUUGCUGCUAGCAAGACUGUGAAGGACCCCUGUCACCCCUGGAGACUCAUGGCUUGAGAGUGGUCCAUUCCCAGCUGCCUCCCAAGAUCUCCAUGUGCAAGGCUCAGCCUCUCUUACUGCAGACUCUAGGCAGAUCCUUUGGACGAAUGAUAAAGCCUGAGACCCGAGAAGGACCUCAUGUGCUGCUGCACUAAAAAUGCAUAAAAUGAGAGUAACUUUGGGGAGGGAAAAGGUGGAAGGAGAAGAAUUAGGAUGAUGGUUGUAGAACAGACAGCAGCUCUUACCUAUGCAAAAUGUCCUGAGGUCAGUGCGAGACUGCAGACAACAGAAUUGCUUCCCCCUGUCAGUUCUUCCAAUCACCAUUUCCUAAUUUAGACAGAAAUGGUGAAUCUCAGAGGCAAAUAACAAGCCUUUUACAAGUCAGCUUGUGUGCAUGCAAUCAGUAUAAUUUCCUGACCAGGGAAAUAGCAGGGCCACACAGCAGCAAGAAAAACAGCCAGACAGUGGCUGCUCCAAGCUGAAAAGUAAAGUGAAGUAAGAGCUCUGUGGGUUCCCAGGGGGUGUUUGACUGAGUCCAAGUCCUGCUCCAAAUUUAUACAUUUGACCUUGGAAGUGAAACCAGGACCCUGAACCAUGGGUUAAUCACCCUAAAACACGUAGAGCACCUAUGUAAUAUAUCUUGUUUGUUCCUAUAUGAUUCAAUAGCACAUUUACUCAACAGCUAGUUGCUGGUUUCCAGGUCAUACAACAGAAGGCCGAAAUACAACCCACCAGAAGAAUACGUAUUUCAUAUUUGAUAGGAGAUGCAUUUUCUGGACAACAACAGAUGCUGUUUUGUUUUGUUUCUUUCUAACAUCAUAGGCUGAAGUUGAUUUAAAUAAAGGUUUUCUCCGUCAUUUUCUCUUCUCAGGGCCGGGUCGUAUUGAUGUGGCCAUCUGUAGCAGCAGCACUGUGAGGGGUGCAUAGUUGCUGACACUUACCCUGACUUUUCAUGAUGUGCCUGGGUAUUGAAGCAUUCAGCGGUGGGAAUUCACUGUCCAGUGGUGAGCCAGUGACAGGAAAGGGAGGUGACUUUCUGAGUUUGCAGCAUAGGCAUAUGGCUGCAAUUCUUUCACCACUCGUGUUUUACAAACUCACUGACCAGUGAGUUUUUCCUGGCACCAUGGUUCCUCAGCUUCUUUCUGUCCUCUAAAUAGCUGAAAUUGUAUUUGCAUGGUGAAGGCAAUGGACACAAUUUCCAUGCUUCCUUUGCAUAGUGCUGCUUACCUGUGUGACAGCUGCUCAUCUUCCCCCCAUCCAUUCCCCUUGCUUGUACAGAACAAUCAAAUAAAAAAGGUCUUAUCCUGUUGACAAAAAUUCAGGGUUUUGUUAGCACAAAUAUUUGCAAAGUCUUUCUUCGGGGUGUUUACUCAGGACUUGUUGAGUGCAGGGGGUAAUGAUUAUUUCAGAAGCAGCCUACAACCUCUUUCCAAUGGUAUUGCAAUUCUGCUAUGGAAAAAAAGAUCUCUUUUGCCCCAGUGCGUGCUCAUUACUUUGCAAGCACGAUGUCACUCACCAAGAAAAUCCUUUUGUUUUGGGGCUGGAGUUAUGAAACAAUGUGCUUUAAGCUAAUUGCUGUUGGAAAGGAGAGGCUUACUUUACAAUGACUUUGAUGCCUUGGGUAGUUCAUGUAAGGAUCUGCCUCAGUCUUGCCUUGAUUGACAAGACCCUUUCUAUAAAUUCAAGCAAUUAAGCAGCCCAGUAGUAGCUGCUAAGGAGAUCUAGUGAGCACAAACCUGACAAAGAUUGCUGUGCAGGUCUCCUGCUGCUCACUCUGACACUCUGAAACACUGUCUGCAAUUUAAGCCUGCUGAAGGAGAUCUGACUCCAACAAGUUAGGUGAGUGUGCUUCUGUGUUUGCUGCGUCGCAGCUCUGACUCAUGAAUAAAGCUGCAGGUUUUGCUAAGGUGGCAAAGAAUAGAUGUUCAAUUUGUUCUGAAGUUUGUCUCUUUCGCUCUCAGAUGCUUGCUAUUAAAAAUAAGGAAAAACAGCUUUUUUCUUUUAACUCUUUUGAAGCUUAUAUAUAAACAUAUGUUCAUUUAAUCAUUUGUAAGACAACAGUGUAUGCAUAGCCACAUACAUGAAGGGUUCACUGUAGCAAACACCAUAUGCUGAUCUAAAACUGGUUUAACAAAUUUAAAGUGUUUGGUUUAAUGGAAGCCUAGAGACAGCUUCAGUCAGGCAAAAGGCAGGCGGAGCUCAUUUUCCUGAAAUGUAUCCAGCUGAGGACACAGCCCAAUGCACGCAAGUCUGUGUGCCCUAUUCAGCAGCUGACCUUCUCUCUCAAAGUUAAAUGUCAAGUCCAGGGUUUCUAGGUGGAUGUUUUUAAAUGCAAUGCAAGUAUGGGAGGUAUAAAGUGGAUAUUGUGGCUUAGAGCUCGAGUUACUUUCCAUUUCUUUCUCUUUCUGAUAGUGUUCCAGAGAGACUGGUUGCUCGCUUCACCAAAGGUUUGAGAUAGAAAGGCAGCAGGUACCAGAGGGACUUGGCCUAUGGCAGCCUGUGUGGAGGCAUGAGGAGUCCAAGCCUCCUCUGGUCACCUUGGCCACGUCCCUCCUGUCUAACCAGCUCUGCUCACUGGCUUGGCAGCCCUGGUUGGGUUUGAGCUGGCUGCUAGGGCAGCAUUUGUGAGGGAAAAACAAGGGUUGCAUCCACCUCUCUGGUGGUAGCCCAGGGAGUGACCCAGUGCCAGAUGAGUGCUCGGGGUCUUGGUAAUGGUAACACCAAUGCUGCUUUUGGGAGGUGCUGGUCUCUCUCCAGAAGCUAUAGCACACACUCAGGGAUGCUUGGCUCCUGACUUAGGCUGAAAGGUAAGUAGGGUAAAUCCAGGAGUAGGUGCCCUCAGCAAAAUGCUGGUGUGCUCUGCAGUCCUAACCCUGUUGAAUGCAGGGAGCUGCAGCCAUCCUGCUACCUCUUGUAAGCAUGCAUAGCAGACAGACAGACAGACACAGCCCUGACAGACUGUCCCUGCCAGGGUUGGUACUGCCGCAAGUGUGCCCUGAGAGGGCGACCAAAGGCCUGUCUGCUGGUUGGCGUGGUGCAAGGCCUGGGCAGCCCAGAUAGGGUGGUAGGAAGGCAUUUGCUGCAUUGUAAACUUGCAGUGUGGGGAUUUCAAUGGGUUCGAGGCACUGGUAGGUGGCUAUUUUCUUCCAGACAAACCCCACUGCUUUGUGGGGAAAGUCCGCAGGCCGCUGCUUUCUGACACAGACCGUGGCAAUAAGAUUUACCUUAUGGGAGCAGGUGAACCCUCAUCUGCCCAUCUUCUCUUAGGCUGAGUGAGGAAGGGGAAGAGGGGAGGAAGGGUCAUCCUGGCUUUUGUGCUGAACCUAUGAACUUGGACUUCUCACUUCCAGGACUGUGCCACCAUCCUGGCUCUUCCAACCCUUCACUCCUCUCCCUUCCGCCACAGCAUGAAGCUCCAGUGCGUGAUCCUGGCUACUCUCCUCCUCCUGCUGCCAGCAGGCCGCGGUGGCAAGCCCGAGAGCUCCGCCAUCGACCUGCGGACCUUCAUCGGCUGCGCCGUGCGUGAGUUCACCUUCCUGGCCAAGAAGCCCGGCUGCAAGGCGCUGCGGAUCACAACGGAUGCGUGCUGGGGACGCUGCGAGACCUGGGAGAGGCCAAUUCUGGAACCGCCUUACAUCGAGUCUUACCACCGCGUGUGCACCUACAACGAGACCAAGCUGGUGACGGUGAUGCUGCCGAAGUGUGCCCCGGGUGUGGAUCCCUUCUACACUUACCCCGUGGCCAUCCGCUGCGACUGCGACAUCUGCUCCACUGCCACCACCGAGUGUGAGACUGCCUGAGCUCUCCUUCCUCAGGUCAGGUGAGGAAGGGCCAGAUUCUUCCCUGGCUCUGCACCCCUGCUAUCUCCAGGCUUACAGAGGGUGUGAGUCAGUCCAUAAUUUGAUCUCACCAUCUAAUGCUUCUAAUCAUUGACUUUCCUAGGCAGAUGAGGCUUAAUCCCUUCUCCCCAUGCUGUUUAAAGUACUAUAGCUGUAGAAACGUAGUACGCAGCCUUGCAAUAGCAAAUCAUAUGGAAAAGAAAAAAAGGAUGCUGUUUCCCUUCUUCACAGGCUUUUCACAGUAUGUGACCUUUCUUCACGCACAAAACGCACAUGGACUAAACAGUCACAGAGCAGUUGGAAACAGGCCAUGAAGGCAUUACAGCUGGUGGAACAGCCUCUUUAUUCAUUUCAGGUUUUAGUGCCUUCCCAGUAAUGUAAAUGUAAUUACCAGCAUUUCCCCCUUCUCGCCCCCCUGUUCUUCUUACACUGAAGUCUAUCAGGAAUAACUGUCAAAGAAAAGGCCGUCAGGCCAAUUGAAUGGAAAUGGGUAUCCAAAUCACCACCUUGAACUUAGGGUGAAUGCAUCCUUAGCCCUGACUCAGCAAAGUACUUAAGCUCAUGAUUAAGUGCUUUGCUUAAUAUCAGGGGACUUAAAGUUAAGCACGUGUUUCAGUAAUUUGCUUAAUUGGAGCUAUUCUGUUGAAAAAAAUCUUGCCUCACAAGGGACAAUUCCUUAAAAAAAUGGAAAGAAGCACAUUAAAUCUGUAAAAAACACAAAGAUGCAUUUCUUCCCAUCCUGCUUUUUCCAGGAUUGUCCUGGAGCAGAACUGACCUCAUGUAAAAUCAGAGAGGCUCUGCAAAGCCCAAGGCACCUCCCUUGACAAUUUCCAGAGUUAGAGGGACCAAGCCAAAACACAGCGAUGAUGCUUUGGUUUCAGUGAGCCCUGGCUGAGGUGAUGGGAAGGAGGGGGCCAUGAAGGGUGUUCCCACACUUCUCUGCACUGCUGAGCUCCUUGGAGGCCUGCUGCUCUAGAAGGAGGUGCACACACAGCCGGAGGGCAGCCAAAAGUGCUCACAGGAGAGCUGUGGAGUUGUCUGAUACACAAUAACAUGGCCACCAAGGGUGGGAUAGGCCCAGGACCAGGAAGACAGCAGACAUGUCAAAGGUUGGUUCACACCUGUUCAGACCCAGUAUUUACAAACUAGGGGCCAUGUAGGAGCUGCUGCAGAAGUCCCCCCCGGUGACCACAGCUCCAUAAAUGCCUUUGUCCUCUGGUUCCCACCUGGAGGAGGACAGAUGCAUGUUCAUCUCUCAUUUCUCCCCUGAACAAAAUGGGAAAUGAUGUAAAAGCAUGAGGAUUUUGCCAAGUGCGAGGGGCUCACAGGAGUUCACAAAACAAAGAUGACUUCUCAGAUAGCCAUUAGGAGAGAAUUGCUGCUGAGAGAAAUAUCAGCACCUGACUUCCUCUCUGAUUAAGGGUCUUCUGGAUGCAGUUGCCUUCAUUUCCAGGGUUGUAUGACUGAAACUUUCCCAGGUGUCCUGUCCUCACUGAGACAGAUUUUUUUUUUUCUUUUUAAUUUAACCUGUAAUUUAUUAGUUGCUGCCAUGUUUUGUCUGGAAUUGUGAAAGAUGCACUGUGGUUGAGUAGGAAGGAGGUAAUUUUAUCAUCUGCCCUCAGUAAUUCUGAAUAUAGACUGCUAUAUCAAACAGCAGCAGGAGCAGUUUUCUGGUGAUGGUGAGUUUAACUGCCUUAAAAAGUCCUUGUGUUUUCUUUCAAAUUGCAUCUCUCAAUCUCUUCAAGCUUGUUAUUGUUCUAACCAGCAUCACAACUACUAUGGGAAACCUACAAAAUAUUUGUGUCCUUAAUA